CAAACUCCAAGAAAUCAUCAAACAAUAUUAUUACUCAUAAUAAUUUCAUAAGCAAAAAUGCCAAUUUAUUCAUCUGAUUCUGAUGAUCCACGUCCUUCUUCAUCUUCAAUACGUCCAAGAAAUUUUUUGGCUCAUGAUAGACCCAUGCAUGCAAUUCUUGGAGGUGGAAAAGUUGCUGAUAUAUUAUUAUGGAGAGACAAAACAUUAACAGGAUCAAUUUUAAUUGGAUUUACAGUAAUUUGGUCCCUUUUUGAAAUUAUGGAUUAUAAUUUUGUGACAUUUUUGUGUCACAUUUCCAUGACCGUGAUGUUAAUUCUCUUCAUUUGGUCCAUGGGAGCUGGAUUUAUUGAUUGGAAUCCGCCCGAUUUUCGAGCAUUUAUGAUAUCAGAUUCAACAUUUAGAUGGUUAUGUGGAAAAUUGAACUAUAUGUUAGUGAAAUUCUAUGAAAUUUCAUCUGGAAAAGAUUUCAGAACUUUUUUUCUGGCAAUCACUUCUCUAUGGAUAUUGUCAAUUAUUGGAAAUUACUUUAGCUCUCUGAAUUUGUUGUACCUAGGGUUUGUUUGUUUGGCAACAUUACCAGCUUUAUAUGAAAGGUAUCAAAAUGAAGUGGAUUAUUUAGUAAAGCAAGGUAAUCAAGAUAUGAAAAAACUUUAUAAUAAAUUUGAUACUGAAGUUCUCAACAAGAUUCCAAGAGGACCUGUCAAGCAAAAGAAAAAGUUUUGAGUGUUUCAACGAGAACAUCGAAAAAACCUAAUUCAGCUCGACAUAAGAUAGUCAAAAUAUGAUUGAGCAGGGGAGAGGGGGGGGAGGGGGGGCAGUUCAAGAAAAUUGGCUGUGGAUUCUGUAUAUAUAAUGAAAAAUGUAAUUGUAAUUUUUAUGCUUAAUAUGAUGAAGAAAUUGUGUUGUUAUUGCUGUAAUUAUUAUUUGUAAUUUUUAGUACAUUAUUCUAUUGAAGUAAUUAGAAAUUCGUUACUCCA